CUCUGCUCUCAGUGCCCAUUUUGAGAAGCAAAACGAUAUAAAAGAGACGGUUUUUGCUUUGUUCUGUGGAGAUUUGUUCAAGACAUUACAAACCAUUAUAGUUGUUUAUCAAUUGCAUUUCCAGUCCUAAUUGCAAGCUCUUUAUUACUGAAUCUCUCCGAUAAUUACUGUUUCUUUUUCGAUUACAAUCCUCAAAAUGCGUUUUACUAUUGCUGCUUUAGCUACCUUAUUGACCCUUGCUAACUCUGCUGUCAUUCCUGGCAGCACUUUAUCUUCCUGGGAAAGUCAAGUUGAUCGUUUGGAAGACCGAUUAGAUGAUCUUGAUGAGUAUCUUGAUGACAAUGGAAACAACAACUCACAAUUGAGAAACAAAAUUGACUACUUAGAAGAACAGCUUAGUGACAUCAGCGAUGCUAUCGAUGACCUACAAGACAAAAACCUGCCUGAUGCCAGUUCAUAUUACAGAGAUGUUGCUGAAGAAGUUAGAACUGUUGAUUUGGUUUCCUUUAGCUCAGUUUUAUCUGAAGUUGUCUCUGAAGUAUCCUCAUUCACAUCCUUUUCUACUUCUUUAGACCAAAGUAUUCUUGAUGUCGUCCAAUUUCAACAAACUGCAACCGGCGAUGGCACCCUUAGUACUGUCACCACCACCUCUGGAUCUGCUUCUUCAACAACCUCAGGCUCUGUUUCAGAUUCCACUUCGGUUUCUACUAUAACUUCUACUUCAUCUGAAACAACUGAUGCUUCUGCUUCUGCUGCUUCGACUUCUACCUCAACUUCUACUUCAUCUGUUUCUGAAUCUAAUGCUGGAAACGUUCUUAACUUGAAUGGUAAGCAAUACGCAAUGAUUGGUUUAUCUCCAUUUGUUGUAUUUUUAACCGCUUUAUUAUAAUGAUUGAUUUUGAAUCAAUUUUAUAAUUAUAGUAUGGGGUUUUUUAAAAGGUAUUUCGCUUCUUUAACUUUUCGUUCUUUUUUUGAUGGGCUUUUUGUUGUUUUUUUUUUCUAAUUAUUAUUACAUAAGUGGUUAAAUAGGCUAUUACAUAAGCAAUUAAUUACAAUACAUUUAAUUAUUUAUACAAAACAAAUUCACUAAAACAUUUUACAGUCCCAAUUAUACUUUUCUCUAAACGCAGUUUGAAAUUUUUUUGAUAUAGCCUUAAAAACCAAACCUUGUUUCGAGAAGAAGUCUUUUCAAAACCUUAUUAGUCUAUUAUUCAUAAUUACUAAUAAUCUCUUAUAAGAACGAUCCUUAAAUUUUG